AUGUCGAUCACAAACACCCCCACAAGCAACGACGCUUGUCUGAGCAUCGUGCACAGCCUGAUGUGCCACAGACAGGGUGGAGAGAGCGAGACCUUCGCCAAGCGAGCCAUUGAGAGCCUCGUUAAGAAACUGAAGGAGAAGAAAGAUGAGCUAGAUUCUUUAAUCACAGCCAUCACCACUAACGGAGCUCACCCCAGCAAGUGUGUCACCAUACAGCGCACCCUGGAUGGACGCCUGCAGGUAAUAGCUUGGUCAUUCAUUAGGGCACCCUGUAGUAAAACAUUUUGCAACAGAAAACGAAAAAGAGCAUUUCUUAUUGGACAAGAACUGGUAGUCCCUCCCUGUUUCAGUUCCUUUGGUGCCUAAUGAAUUCCACCUUGCUGAUAGAUAGGAGAUAUUCCACUCGCAUUACAGGCUGAACUCUUUUUUUCUUUCAGGAACACUCUGAUUUCAGAUGACUGCUGUACUGUUCAUAACUCUCGUCUUCUCAUCUGUGCUCUCAGGUUGCGGGGCGUAAAGGCUUCCCCCAUGUGAUCUAUGCCAGACUGUGGCGGUGGCCUGACCUGCACAAGAAUGAACUGAAGCAUGUGAAAUACUGCCAGUUUGCUUUUGACCUCAAAGCUGACAAUGUGUGUGUUAACCCGUACCACUACGAGAGGGUGGUAUCACCAGGGAUUGGUGAGUGGGUUUUAUUUUCUUGAAUACUGUAGUUUAGGCCCUCUUGACUUUUCCUUUGAAUUCUAAGUUGGAUCUCAUGUGUCCUUCUACUUCUCUUCACAGACCUUUCAGGACUGACUCUUUCAAGCUCAGGUAAGGGAGGCUCUCGCUCUGUACUAGUAAUUUGCUGUUCACAAUGGAGGAUUAAAGUGAAGUUCCCCAAAACCUUGACCCUCUCACCCAACCUGCCCUACCAGGCACACUCAUGGUCAAAGAUGAGUAUGAAUUUGAGAACCAGCCAUCUCACUCUGGUGCGGAGGGCCACCAUCAGACCAUCCAGCACCAACCAUCCAGACCAGGGGGUCCCCAGGAGUCGUUCAGCAGCCCGGCCCUGCUCCCUCCCCCUGAGGGCAGCAGCUCAGCCUCCACCUCUGCCUUCUCCAGCCUCGCUGCUGGAGCUUCAAGUGAGACACUGUGUUGUGUUUAACCCUCCCAUGUCAUGUAGUUCAUUACUCCCCUUAAAUGUAAAGUUUCAUUUUGUGGUGAAUACGCUCCUGACAUAAAUGCAGGACACAGUGGCUCCCUCAUACCCCAAGUUUGUGUGUCUGUAUCGUGGUGUAUGUGUGUUUGUGUCUGGGUGUGUGUGUGUGUGCUUGUAUGUUUUCCAUACCCACCCACUCUUGCCCGUCCUGCUUCUGUCCCUGUAGCCCAGUCCAGUAGCCUUCUGUCAGGGAGCCAUAGCAGUGAAGGGCUGCGGCAGCUAUCCUCAGGGCCAGGCCCAGGCCCAGCACAGGGACAGAGCUCACAGCAGAACGGCUUCCCCCUGGCACAGAGCUCCACAUACCAUCACAGUAAGCACCCACACUCAGCCCUCCACAUUUUAAUACAAUACCAGGGUUGGGGUAAAUUCAAUUUGCUUCCUGAAUUGACUGAAUUUAAAUAGAAUUGAACCCAACCCAGUGAAACACCACUGCACUUCCUGAUUUGGCCUUGUUUUGAAGAUUGCUAGUUAAGAAAUGCUGUUGUUUGUACAUCCUGAGUCACCAUAGCAACAACAUAGCCAUUUCCUCAAAAUAGUCACUUCCUCAAAAUAGUCAGAAUUAAUAUAGGAUAAAUCAAGAAAUCUGUAAUUCAUUUAGGUUGUCUUAGUCACACAAUUUUACAUCUAGCUAAGGUGGUCUGGUGCAGUAUUUCUCAAGUUAAAAAAGGUGCAUGGAAAAUCGAGUCAGUGCACUGCAUACAGUCUAUCAAGUCGAAGGUCUGGCUGCUCGCUCAGGACUGAUUUCUGAGAACAAUAACAUGUCUACAACUUAAUCUGCAAGCUGUCAAACUAUCGUAAGUAAAUCACAAGCUACACGUUGUUUAUCAGUGCCCAAAGUCACUUGCUAGCUAGCUAGCUAGCUAAGUUCCAACUAUCAAAUAAAAUUGUAUUUGUCACAUGCUUCGUAAACAACAGCUGUAGACUAACAUUGAAAUGCUUCCUUACGGACCCUUCCCAACAAUGCAGAGAGAAAAAUAUAGAAAAAUUAUAACAGAAAGAAUAAAUAAACAAUGAGUAACGAUAACUUUGCUAUAUACAGUGGGUAGAACAAGUAUUUGAUACACUGCCGAUUUUGCAGGUUUUCCUACUUACAAAGCAUGUAGAGGUCUGUAAUUUUUUAUCAUAGGUACACUUCAACUGUGAGAGACGGAAUCUAAAACAGAAAUCCAGAAAAUCACAUUGUAUGAUUUUUAAGUAAUUAAUUUGCAUUUUAUUGCAUGACAUAAGUAUUUGAUACAUCAGAAAAGCAGAACUUAAUAUUUGGUACAGAAACCUUUGUUUGCAAUUACAGAGAUCAUACGUUUCCUGUAGGUCUUGACCAGGUUUGCACACACUGCAGCAGGGAUUUUGGCCCACUUCUCCAUACAGACCUUCUCCAGAUCCUUCAGGUUUUGGGGCUGUCACUGGGCAAUACGGACUUUCAGCUCCCUCCAAAGAUUUUCUAUUGGGUUCAGGUCUGGAGACUGGCUAGGCCACUCCAGGUCCUUGAGAUGCUUCUUACGGAGCCACUCCUUAGUUGCCCUGGCUGUGUGUUUCGGGUCGUUGUCAUGCUGGAAGACCCAGCCACGACCCAUCUUCAAUGCGCUAACUGAGGGAAGGAGGUUGUUGGCCAAGAUCUCGCGAUACAUGGCCCCAUCCAUCCUCCCCUCAAUACGGUGCAGUCGUCCUGUCCCCUUUGCAGAAAAGCAUCCCCAAAGAAUGAUGUUUCCACCUCCAUGCUUCACGGUUGGGAUGGUGUUCUUGGGGUUGUACUCAUCCUUCUUCUUCCUCCAAACACGGCGAGUGGAGUUUAGACCAAAAAGCUCUAUUUUUGUCUCAUCAGACCACAUGACCUUCUCCCAUUCCUCCUCUGGAUCAUCCAGAUGGUCAUUGGCAAACUUCAGACGGGCCUGGACAUGCGCUGGCUUGAGCAGGGGUACCUUGCGUGCGCUGCAGGAUUUUAAUCCAUGACGGCGUAGUGUGUUACUAAUGGUUUUCUUUGAGACUGUGGUCCCAGCUUUCUUCAGGUCAUUGACAAGGUCCUGCCGUGUAGUUCUGGGCUGAUCCCUCACCUUCCUCAUGAUCAUUGAUGCCCCACGAGGUGAGAUCUUGCAUGGAGCCCCAGACCGAGGGUGAUUGACUGUCAUCUUGAACUUCUUCCAUUUUCUAAUAAUUGCGCCAACAGUUGUUGCCUUCUCACCAAGCUGCUUGCCUAUUGUCCUGUAGCCCAUCCCAGCCUUGUGCAGGUCUACAAUUUUAUCCCUGAUGUCCUUACACAGCUCUCUGGUCUUGGCCAUUGUGGAGAGGUUGGAGUCUGUUUGAUUGAGUGUGUGGACAUGUCUUUUUAUACAGGUAAUGAGUUCAAACAGGUGCAGUUAAUACAGGUAAUGAGUGGAGAACAGGAGGGCUUCUUAAAGAAAAACUAACAGGUCUGUGAGAGCCGGAAUUCUUACUGGUUGGUAGGUGAUCAAAUACUUAUGUCAUGCAAUAAAAUGCAAAUUAAUUACUUAAAAAUCAUACAAUGUGAUUUUCUGGAUUUUUGUUUUAGAUUCCGUCUCUCACAGUUGAAGUGUACCUAUGAUAACAAUUACAGACCUCUACAUGCUUUGUAAGUAGGAAAACCUGCAAAAUCGGCAGUGUAUCAAAUACUUGUUCUCCCCACUGUACAUACUGUAUUCUAGUCAAUGCCACAUUGCUCGUCCUAAUAUUGAUAUAUUUCUUAAUUCCAUUCUUUUACUUUGAGAUUUGUGUGUAUUGUUGUGAAUUGUUAGAUACUACUGCAUUGUUGGAGCUAGGAACACAAGCAUUUCGCUACAACCGCAAUAACAUCUGCUAAAUAUGUGUACGUGACCAAUAAAAUUAGAUUUUGAUUAGAUUUUACAUGGGGUACCAAUACUGAGUCAAUGUGCAGGGGUACAAGGUAAUUGAGGUAGAUACUGUAUGUACUGUACCUAUAGGUAGGGGUAAAGUGGGUAAAGCUCCUUAGUCUAGGCAACAGGAUAGAUGAUAAACAGUAGCAGCAGCAGCGUAUGUCAUGAGUCAAGAGUUGGUGUAAAGAGGGUCAAUGCUGAUAGUCCUAUUUGGUUAACUAUUUAGUAGUCUUAUGGCUUGUGGGUAGAAGCUGUUCAGGGUCCUGUUGGUUCCAGACUUGCUGCAUCGGUACUGCUUACCGUGCGGUAGCAGAGAGAACAGUCUCUGACUUGGGUGGCUGGAGUCUUUGACAAUUUUUAGGGUCUUUAUCUGACACCGCCUGGUAUAGAGGUCCUGGAUGGCAGGGAGCUUGGCCCCAGUGGUGUACUGGGCCAAACGCACUACCCUCUGUAGUGCUUUGCGGUCGGAUGCCAAGCAGUUGCCAUACAUGAUGCAGCCAGUCAAGAUGCUCUCAAUGGUGCAGCUGUGUAACUUUUUGAGGAUCUGAGGGCCCAUGCCAAAUCUUUUCAGCGUUGUCGUGCGUUCUUCAUGACUGUGUUGGUGUGUGUGGACCAUGUUAAUUCCUUAGUGAUGUGGACACAGAGGAACUUGAAGAUCUCGACCUGCUCCACUACAGCCUGUCGAUGUGGAUAGGGGCGUGCUUGAUCACUUCCUUUGUCUUGCUGAUGUUGAGUCAAUGAAGAAUAGCACUAAAUCAUGUCAAACUUUAAAUGCACUGUCAAUGAAGCUAGCUAGCAGGCACAUUGAGCAGCCAGGCCACAAUCAGCUUAUCAAAUCACUGGUGAGUGGCAACGUGUGUGCUUGGAAUAUUGACACGUUGCAGUUGGGUUACAAGUGCGCUCUGAUCGUCUCAAUUCUCAUUUUGCUCCAAAAAGUGGCAGACUCGAGUGAUUGACACUGUCAAACACAUCAGCAAGUGGCCACUCCAUAAUGGGUUAUUUCAACAUAACAUUGGCGACGUGUUGUCUUACGUAAACAAGUCUGAGGCACUGCUUAAUGAGCAGGGCCCGGGUUUGCCGAUAGCGAGGGAAUUUAGGCUUAAGCAUCAUUCACAUUACCAAUAAGCACUCCAUUACGUUGCGCCAGAUGUCAUGCAUUUCAAUCGGGACGUCCACAACGGAGUGGAAUCGCAACAACCCUUGUGGUUGAAGGCUCCGUUGUGAGACGGACGCCGCAUCCUUCGAAGAACAGGAAGUUACCAAACCACAGAAGAUGAAAAUAUGUGGUUUUCGGUGAUGGCUAGCAACUUGUAAACAAUUACCCAUUGCUAUAAGUGAGUACUAUUAUAAUAGUAAUGUUAAAUAAUACACAUUGGCUGCUCCCGUUUAAGUUUAUUGUGAUGGUAAUGACGUUUGUUUUUUAAUACAAUUAUUAGGUGGAGAUCACUAGCUACAGUAGUAUCUUCAACCUAGCAUUUAGCUAGCUAGCAAGCUAGCUUGACUUGCUAUAAAGUUAGAGAAACAAGUUGAGGGAAAAAGUAACUAAACAAAACAUGUUUUAUUAUCACCUGAAAAAUAUUUUGCCAUCUCCCAAAAUAAAUGCGAUGUCUGACGAGAGACAAGCUCUACUCCAUCUUGCUUUAUAAACACUACACUUGUCCGUUCAGUAGCGGGGCAAGACUCCGUGAAGAUGAGAUACAGCGUAUUAUAAACUGGGUGGUUUGAGCCCUGAAUGCUGAUUGGCUGACAGCCGUGGUAUAUCAGACCGCAUACCACGGGUAUGACAAAACAUUUAUUUUUACUGCUCUAAUGAAGUAGGUAACCAGUUUAUAAUAGCAAUAAGGCAUCUCGGGGGUUUGUGGUAUAUGGCCAAUAUACCACAGCUAAGGGCAGUAUCUAGGCACUCCGCGAUACGUCACGAUGUGUAUAUGGGGCAUUACUUGUUUUAACGAUGCAUCGUUCCUACAAUGGCUGAAGAUGUAACGUGCAUUUCCCAAAACACCACACAGAGAACGUUCUUUAAGUGCAUCGUUAGAUGCUUAUAAGAUAGAAAAAGAACCAUCACUGCUCUCGGAUCAGCUUUCUCCAUUCAAAUCUUACCAUAACAUUAUAAUUACUUCACAAUACUGACGACGGAUUAGUUCCUAGAAAGAAAUGAUCACCUAUGGGUGCAAAUAUCAAGGUGGCUUAUUAUGCAAGGCUACCCAACAAAUAUAUUGAGGCAAAAAUUAGACCAUAGCCUAUUGGCACAAUAGAACUCAAUUGAUUGACAAUGAAAUUGAUUGAAAUAUAUAGGCCCAUGUAGCAUAUUUAUAUUUAAUGCAGUCAUCUCGGUUUUCAUUUGAAGCAUAUUUUCAUCCUUCACUUUUUUGUAACAACUGUAAAGACUUUGACAACUUUGUAUUUGUAGUCAACCCUGUUCUAAAGUUAUCAGCGGUCACAGUCAAACAGAUAAACAUCUUGAUUUUAUGUUUAGCGGAGAUCUUCUGCAUCUAACGACGCACUUAGCUGUUCUAUGAGUGGUCUGAGGCAGUCAAUAAAUAACAAGUGCAACUUUAGUUACGAUGGUUUUGGGAAACACUUCAGAGAUUUAAUGGAUGCUCCUACUAUGGUUCUAAUGAUGAACUUAGCCAAAAUAUGCUUUUGGGAAACCGGGCCAGAGGUGCGUUCAGUUCGCUUGAACGUUUUCUACGUUGCGGAACGGUUUGUACCGAAUGUCACGUUUCCCCCAAACGUUCUUGAACACUUAGAGGUACGUUUGCUCCCGUUUGGUGGGUGUGGCUUGAAGCAAUAAGUGACGUAUUUAAAAGGGAAGUGGCCAUGCUGACAGCGUUCCACAACCCAACCCCUCCCCGUAUUUUCAACUAGUCGUUCAGUACAGCACCGUUUCCGUUCAAUUGAACGUGCCAGAACGUAAAAAUGUACUGAACGCAGCCCAGGUCCAUCUCACUGUCUGGAGGUUCUGGCCAUAUGAUUGGAUAGAGCAUGCAGCUGAUAGAGCACAAUCAGUACAGCUGCUUCUCUCGUGUUAGUGGGCACUGAGCAAGUGGGCAUGAUCAUAAUCCAUACCCCCAACCCUCCAGUAAGUCGUGACAAACUCACUUACAAAACUCAGUUUUGUACUUUAUGACCAAAAUGAUCAUAUUUCCACUUUGUAGUCAAUUUUGACACACAAAUGUGUGUUUCUGACUCAUAUCGAUGCCACAUAGGCUGUUUAAAACCAGAGAAGUUGGUUCUAAGGGGAAGUUGACCUUUAAAGUGAGUGGGCACCUGCAUUCAUAAGCCUAAAUAUAACUUGCACUGCCUAUGCUACUAGCAAUUACAGAAAUGACCUGCAUUUACAAACAACCAUUACAGGUAGCACUCAUAUUCAUCCGCCCUCCAUAUAUCAUAACAGCCUUCAAAUUAAUUCCCUACUGCUUUUCACAGAAACCCUAUUAACUUCUCAGAACCUGGUUCUCAAAAUGUUUCUUCUCUCAAAAAAGCUUUUCAGCAUUACCACAUUGCAUCUCCAGCGGGUUCAUUCCUCCUUGGUCAGUUAUAUAAUUCCUCUCACCCUUGAGACUGUAGCCUAUGUAUGUGUCGAAUGUGAUUGUGAGUUGUGUUUAGUUCAAAGCUAGGUAUUUUCUUGCUAUAUUGAUGAUCUGAUGCAACGGGGGACUGUUCUGCUUUCAGGUGCCACCUCAAGCUGGCCGAGAAAUGGGAACUUCCCCCCCUCAGUGCCUCACCACCAGAAUGGGCACCUGCAGCACCACCAACCCAUGCCCAACACCCCACACUACUGUGAGUGGCCGUGUUGUCCCCCUCUCUGGGUAUACAGCUUGUGGUGCUGCAAACAUCUGAGCCUAACAUAUGUUAUCUCCCCCAAAGCAGCAACCUAACAUUUAAUUCAUGUAACAAAGAUUAUGGUCUUGUGAAAUGAAAGGGCUAUUUCCUAGAAAUUAUGUGAGUUUGCACUUGUAAUGUCAAAUUGUAAAUGUUAUGCCAUUUGACAUACAUUUUUUGCUCAUUUAGCACGAGCAGUACAAACAGCACCAUUCUCUGGAUUGUUAAUUUAUUUACCUGGCAUUCUCUUCCAGGGCUCUCACACAAUGAGAUUGCAUUCCAGCCCCCCAUCUCCAAUCACCCUGGUGAGUCUGUGUGCAAGGUUACUCAGAGAGUAAGUUCUGUAUGUACAGUAUGUGUCCCCAUCUGAUCCGGUAUGAGGUGUGAAAUACAGUGCCUUCAGAAAGUAUUCACAUCCCUUAUUCCACAUUUUGUUGUGUUACAGCCUACAUUUAAAAUUGAUAACAUUUUGAUUGUUGGUCACUGGCCUACACACUAUCCCAUAAUGUCAAAGUGGAAUUAUGUUUUUAGAUUUUUUUAAACAAAUUAACUAAAAAUGAAAAGCUGAAAUGUCUUGAGUCAAUAAGUAUUCAACCCCUUCGUUAUGGCAAGCCUAAAUAAGUUCAGGAGUACAAAUGUGCAUAACAAGUCACAUAAUAAAUUGCAUGGACUCACUCUGUGUGCAGAAUUGUUUAACAUAAUUUUUUCAUGACUACCUAAUCUCUGUACCCCAUACAUACAAUUAUCUGUAAGGUCGAGCAGUGAAUUUCAAGCACAACCACAAAGACCAGGGAGGUUUUCCAAUGAUUUGCAAAGAAGGGCAACUAUUGGUAGAUGGAAAAAAAGAAGCAGACAUUGAAUAUCCCUUUGAGCACGGUGCAGUUAUUAAUUACAUUUUGUAUGGUGUAUCGAUAAACCUAGUUAAUACAAAGAUACAAGUGCCCUUCCUAACUCAGUUGCCGGAGAGGAAGGAAACCGCUCAAGGAUUUCACCAUGAGGCCAACAGUGGCUGUGAUAGGAGAUUACUGAGGAUGGAUCAACAACAUUGUAGUUAUUUCACAAUACUAACAAAUGACAGAGUGAAAAGAAGGAAGCCUGUACAUAAUACAAAAUAUUCCAAAACAUGCAUCCUGUUUGCGAUAAGGCACUAAAGUAAUACUGCAAAAAAUGUGGCAAAGAAAUUAACUAUUUGUCCUGAAUACAAAGCGUCAUAUUUGGGGCAAACACAACACAUCACUUAGUACCACUCUUCAAAUGUUCAAGUAUGGUGGUGGCUGCAUCAUGUUAUGGGUAUGCUUGUCAUCGGCAAGGACUAGGGAGUUUUUUAGGAUAAAAAUAAACGUAAUAGAGCUAAGCACAGGCAAAAUCCUAGAGGAAAACUUUCCAACAAACACUGGGAGACAAAUUCACCUUUCAGCAGGACAAUUACUUAAAACUCAAGGCCAAAUAUACACUGUUGCUUACAAAGACGACAUUGAAUGUUCCUAGCCUAGUUACAAUUUUGACUUAAAUCGUCUUGAAAAUCUAUGGCAAGACUUGAAAAUGGCUGUCUAGCAAUGAUCAACAACCAACUUGAUAGAGCUUGAAGAAUUUUUUGAAGAAUAAUGGGCAAAUAUUGUACAAUCCAGAUGUGCAAAGCUCUUAGAGAUUUACCCAGAAAUACUUACAGCUGCCAAAGGUGAUUCUAACAUGUAUUGACUCAGGGGGUUGAAUACUUAUCUAAUCAAGAUUAAGUGUUUUAUUUUCCACUUUGACAUUAGACUAUUUUAUGUUAAUCGUUGACAAAAAAUGACAAUGAAAUCCAUUUUAAUCCUACUUUGUAACACAACAAAAUAUGGAAAAAGUCAAGGGGUAUGAAUACUUUCUGAAGGCACUGUAGAUGGUAUAGAGACCAAGAACAUGUGAAUUGAUGGUGAUGCUUUCGUUAUGUUCCAGCCCCUGACUACUGGUGCUCCAUUGCCUACUUUGAGAUGGAUGUUCAGGUUGGGGAGACGUUCAAGGUUCCGGCCAGCUGCCCCACUGUUACGGUGGACGGGUACGUGGAUCCCUCAGGAGGGGACCGCUUCUGCCUGGGUCAGCUCAGCAACGUCCACAGGACAGAGGCCAUCGAGAGAGCCAGGUACUCUACCAUAUAAAAUUGAAAAAGGAACAAUUUAAUGUCUUUGCUAAAUUAAAUUGCUAAGCAGAGUACCUGUCACGCCCUUCAGUUUUAUAUCAUUCAUAUUUUUGGAAGAGUAUUAGUGUACCAUAGCAAUAUAAAGUAUUUUUUUAGGCAUAUUUAAAAAACGGUUUCUCUGUUUGCUUCUCUUCUUCCCUGCUUUCUUCCUGGCUCUAUAGACUUCACAUUGGUAAAGGGGUGCAGCUGGAGUGUAAAGGGGAAGGGGACGUGUGGGUGCGUUGCCUUAGCGAUCAUGCAGUGUUUGUGCAGAGUUAUUACCUGGACAGGGAGGCAGGACGUGCCCCUGGAGACGCAGUGCACAAGAUCUACCCCAGCGCCUACAUCAAGGUGAGAUAUUAUAUUUUUAUUGUAUUCCAUUGAGCUUUUAUUUUGUACUAUUUUUAUUAUUAUUAUUAUUAUUUGAAUUACUUCUAUUCUUAUUUUUGUUGCGUAGUUGAGAGGUGUACCUGCAAGUAAACAUGUCAUUGGACUGUGUACACACCAUGUGUAUUCUGUGCAUAUGACAAAUAGAUUUGAUUUGAUAUCACAGCCCACAGACUCACUGCUGAGGAAUGGCACCCCUAAAUAAACAAGGAAUGUUUUUCAUCUUUAUUAUUUACAUGCGUCUCAGUGGUUAUAUGACUGCUUGGGAAGGUUGAUUGUUCUCAAAACAGGUUAAAAUCCUUACGUUUUAGACCGUUGAACCUAGGGAUGAGCACAGUUAUUCAAAUAUCUGAACGGACUUUAGUAUUCGAUAUACAGCUAAAAAGUAUUUGAACAGUUAAAAAGCUAAAUUAAAUGAUCCAUGUGACAUUAGAGUAUUUUAUGUAAAUCGUUAACAAAAAAUGACAAUUAAAUCCAUUUUAAUCCUACUUUGUAACACAACAAAAUAUGGAAAAAGUCAAGGGGUAUGAAUACUUUCUGAAGGCACUGUAGAUGGUAUAGAGACCAAGAACCUGUGAAGGAUAUAUCAUGAUAUUUGAUGUAAUAAUGUAAUAAACAACAAAUGUGUGAAUGUAGUUCUUAUGACAUGCACACUCUCAGUAGCUUACUUACACUACCGGUCAAAAGUUUUAGAACAACUACUCAUUCAAGGGUCUUUCUUUAUUUUGACUAUUUUCUACAUUGUAGAAUAAUAGUGAAGACAUCAAAACUAUGAAAUAACACAUAUGGAAUCAUGUAGUAACCAAAAAAGUGUUGAACCAAAUCAAAAUAUAUUUUAUAUUUGAGAUUCUUCAAAUAGCCACCCUUUGCCUUGAUGACAGCUUUGUAAACUCUUGGCAACAGCACACCUGAUUCAACUAAUUAUCAAGCCCUCGAUUAAUUGAAUCAAGUGUUUUUUGUCCGGGGCUACAACAAAAAUGUGUGCUGUUGGGGGUACUGGAGGACCAGAAUUGGGAAACACUGCUGUAAUCAAUGCAGUCAAGACCAGCACUAUCAGAUGGGAUGAUAAAUAACCCUAUGGUAGCUAGAAGUUUUCUAACUAGCGUGAGUCGGCUUCGAUACGUUCUACAUCUCUCUGCUUGCCCUGCCCUCCUGCGUCCCAAACACACCGGACCCUCCCCCUGCUGCAGCAAAAGAGCGCCACAGUCUCUCCCUCGCGCAGUAAUAAGUGCAACAAAAAAACAACAACAUGUAUUUAGACUAUCCGGAUAUCACAUUUCAUGAUAUAUUAUUUGAAUAGUGAAAUUAUUUCAAUUGCCCAUCUCUAGUUGAACCCCUAUCCCCUCUGCCCCAUUGUGUGUAGUCCCUAACCCUCCCUGUUCUCUCUGUGUGCUGUGCAGGUGUUUGACCUGCGCCAGUGCCACAGGCAGAUGCAGCAGCAGGCAGCCACAGCCCAGGCGGCUGCUGCAGCACAGGCAGCAGCAGUGGCUGGAAACAUCCCCGGGCCUGGCUCUGUGGGAGGCAUCGCCCCCGCCAUCAGUAAGUCUCUCUUUUCACACUAUUCAUCCUUUAACCUGUCUGCCAAGCAAUAUAUCCAUCUGUCUUGUCUCAGAGCAUCUCAGGAAAUUACAGAAAUGGGAAAAUGUGUGCACUGCCUUAGAUGUGUAACUCUAUAUAGGUAGUGAAUCACUGAGUGAGUCAUUCUAUCAAAUAUGUAGUACUUCCCCCUAACUACUGAGUGUUUUUAACCCCCUCCCUUCAGGUUUGUCUGCGGCUGCAGGUAUAGGAGUGGACGACCUGCGCAGGCUGUGUAUCCUGAGGAUGAGCUUUGUGAAGGGCUGGGGGCCUGACUACCCCCGGCAGAGCAUCAAGGAGACACCGUGCUGGAUUGAGAUCCAUCUCCACCGGGCCCUGCAGCUACUGGAUGAGGUGCUGCACACCAUGCCCAUCGCUGACCCCCAGCCACUGGACUGA